AUAUAUAUAAGCAGACAAUAAAUGUAAGUAAUUUUUAGUGAUAUCUAUCUAUCUAUCUAUACAAUUAUUUGCGAAAUAAAUUUUAGCAACAGAGCUCUCACGUUAAAUAUUGGUGCGGUUAAUAUCUAUACUAUCCUUAAUGAAUUUUAUAUAUUAUUAAUUAUAUAAUCAAAAACGAAUUUUUAUUAAUAAUAUUAACUUUUUAAAAAAUAAGAUAAUUCUUAUAAAUUGUAUUGUUAUCUUAAAACAUAUAUUUCAAUUAUAAAAUCUAAAAAUAAAAUAUAAAACAAUUAUAAUAAAUUAAGUAGUUAAAGUCAAUGUUAUCCUUAAUAAAUUUUAAUUAAACAUAUAUAUUUAAUUAGAUUUUUGUUAUAUAUAUGUUAGAUUUAUUUUUUUGAAAACAUCAAUAAUAAUUAUGCUGGUUUUUGAAUUAAUUAAAAAUAAACUAAUAAAUAUUCGUAAAGCGAUUAAGCCCGUAUAUGCAGGCAAGACACCUAAUUUUGUGUUUUAAAAUAUAAGUAAUUUUCAUAUUUUUAGAUAAAUUUUAUAUUUAUGGAAUAUAAUAUGACCAAUUAAAUUAUAUAAAUUUAUUUAUUAUUGGUUCGUUUAUACAUAAUCUACAGAUUAAAUUUACCUUAAAAAUUUUUUUUUUUUUUUUGCGUUUUUAUGUAAAACUAUUAUUAAGAGGAAGUAGCUUUUUUUUCAAGCUCUACAUCACUACAAGUAGGUUUUUGAUAAAAGCUUUCAAGUAUUCUCAAACCCAUUGAUAAAUCUUGUAAAGUAAGUUUUUUUUAAUUAAAUUAUGUGCUUCGACUCCUCCAUCACCCACGCGGCGGAGGCUGAUUACGCGACGGCUAAAACUUCCGUUUGGUGGGACGUCGAGAACUGUCCUGUCCCCAAGGGCUGGGAUGCUCAUAGCAUAGCUCAGAAACUAAACUCAGCGCUGGUGAACUUGAACUACCGUGGUCCUCUCACCAUCUCUGCUUAUGGCAACACAGAACUCAUCCCUAAAGCUGUUCAGCAAGCUCUCUCCUCCACUGGAAUCUCUCUUAACCACGUCCCCUCCGGAAAGAAGGAUGCGAGUGACAAGAAGAUUCUGGUUGAUAUGUUUUUGUGGGUGUUGGAGAACCCUGCUCCGGCUAACUUGAUGCUUAUCUCCGGUGACGGAGACUUCUCUUAUGCUCUUAACCGCCUGCGGAUGUUGAGAUACAACAUCCUCCUCGCGCACCCUCUUCAAGCUUCGCCUUUCUUGGUUGCUUCUGCGAGGACCUCGUGGAUGUGGAGAAGCUUAAUUGCCACACGAAGUUGUUGCUCCUUUGGUUCUGAGCAUGCUUUGUCCACACAAGCAAUGGAUUCAGGGUCUAAGGCUGAUAAACUCAAAGGAAUGUAUGUCCCGAAAGCACCAAGUCAACAGGUGACAAGAAGAAAAAAGCUUCAGAAGGAAUGGAGAGUGUGCAAUGUUGCUUGCAAAAGCACUGAUACUUUCACCAUGGCCAGAGAACAAGCACCUCAGGCUCUCAUUGAUGCUAAAGAAUGUGUUCAAGACAAUGACUCGCAGUCUCGGGAUGCGUUUACGAAGUGCUUGGAGAAACAGAACAAGGAACUGAUGGAGACUAUUGCAACAUCCGAAAGGAGUGGAAGAGAGUUCUGGCAUGAUUUUAAAGAGAGGCUGGACAAGAGUGGUGUAGCUCCUCUCAGUGUAGAUCAUGUUUUCAGUGAACUUAGCCGCGACUUUCACGUGCCCAAAGAAGUGAGGGAGUGUUUUGAAGCAAUCCUCAUGAAGCUAGAACCUACACAAAAUGAUAUUGAAAUUGAGAAGUUGGAGGAUAUGACCAAGAAGAAGAAGAGUACAGUGAUUGAAUCCAAAUAUGAACCAUAUGUUUGCACUAUUUGCAAUGUCGUUUGUGCACAUCCUUCCGUGUUCGAGUCUCAUCAUAAGGGCCGGAAGCAUGCUGCAAAGUUUAACAAGCACAUAGAUGAUCUGCGUGAUAGGCAUCAACUACAAGAGAAAAUCAUUCAAGAUAACGGUCUCCCGAAAGAUAUGACAGUGAUUGGAGACAAAGCUGAACCAUAUGUUUGCAGUAUUUGCAAUGUCAUUUGUGCACAUCCUUCCGUGUUCGAGUCUCAUCAUAAGGGUCGGAAGCAUGCUGCUAAGAUUAAAAAGCAGGCAGAUGAUACAUUAUCAUUGAAACAGGCUCUGCUUGGUGAUCAACAAAUACAAGAUAAUGGUCUCCCGAAAGAUAUGAAAAAGGAGCUCCAAAUCAAGCUUGUAGAGGCACCUGAGAACAUGGACUACUUAGAUAAGCAAAGGCAAGAGCUGGGAGAGAGAUGUGCCACCAACUCUGAGAGGAGUGUUGAAGAUUUACUCCAAACUAUUGAAGAAGUAGGAGAGAAUGAUUACAAAUCUCUUGAGUGUUUCCUCAUCGAACUAAACUCUGAGUUUUCUGCCUCUGAAGAAUCUAGAGAAUGUAUUGAUGCCAUUUUCAAGAAACCAGAAGUCUCACAAGAUGCAAACUUAACCCGGGAGUUUGAGAAUAUACCAAGCCAGAACCUGGAGAUGAACUCAGGCGAUCCUGAAAGUAGCUCUGCAAGAGGAGCCACUGAGCAUCCCGAGGAGUACAUGAUGAACAUGAAGAAGGAGAAGGUGACUAAGUCCAGCGUUUCAACCAAACCUAUAACGAAGGAACCAAAAGUUUUGCAGCUUGUCUGGUGCCAAAUCUGCCGGAUCAGCUGCGAGAGCAAGGUUGCGUAUGCAAAUCACAUCUGUGGGAAAAUACACCAGCAGAAGAGGGAGAGGAUGUCUGAGAGAGAAGCCAUGCUUUCUAAGGAGAAUGCAGAGAGACUGGAGAAGGUAUUGAGCAAAAGCCAAACCGCCUUUGAUUCACAGAACCAUGCUGCCAUGGUCAAGGAGCAAACAGAGAAGGCAUUUGUUGAUUCACUGAGAACUCGCCAAGAACUUCGCCAAAGAGCAGUGGAACAUCCAUUGGGAAAAGCAGAGGCAACAGAGGAGCAGACACUUGUAAAGACCGAGGAUCAUGGGUUUCAAGGGGCACAAGAAGAUAAAGAGGAAGUGAAGGAGAUAAAUGCCAUAUCUGAGAACCUAACGCGUGCCUUUAUUGGAAUGAAUCAAGAGUCAAGUGUACCCAAAGAAUCGAGAGGAUGUUUGGAUGUGAUUCCUCAGAGAGUAAAAGCGCCAGCAGAUGUGAAUGUGACAGAGAAGUUGGAAGAUGAGUCCAAACAUAAACCCCAAACAACACCAGAGGAACCUUUAAAGGAGCACCUAGGAGUGGCUGCCAAGAGGGGAGAGGCUAAGUUCCAAGUUGAUAACUUUUGGACCAGACUUUGGGGGAAAAAGGAGUUAGAAAAACUUUACCGUAUAAUCUAAUACUAUUAAAACAAAAUUCAUACUAGUAUUCUGCCAUUAAUUUUUGAAAUAAUUAAUAAUAUGCCAUUCCUAUA